AUGUCUUCACAAGGACAAACAAUCUACUUCAUAUCGGGUGCUAAUCGAGGUAUUGGUCUUGGAUUCGUUCAAGCUCUUGCCAAACGAGCCAAUACAUUGAUCUAUGCUGGUGUGCGAGAUCCUAGCAAGGCUGAUGAACUUCAAAAAUUAAAUUCGCAAACAAAAAAUAUACACAUUAUCAAACUCGAGUCAAUUUCGGAGGGUGAUGCCAAGGCAGCAGCAGAAAAGAUCGAAAAGACAUCUGGUUAUAUUGAUGUUGUCAUUGCAAAUGCCGGUAUUUCGAAUUAUCACGGUCCAAUCGUGACAACUCCAAUCAAAGAAAUUCGUGAUCACUACGAAGUCAAUGUCGCGGGUCCUGUCAUUCUCUUCCAAGCACUUUAUCCACUUUUGAACAAGAGCAGGUCGGGCGCCCCAAAAUUCGUGGUCAUAUCCUCGCUUUUAGGAUCGAUUGGAGAAUUGAUUCCAGCGCCGAGGACAACUUAUGGAGCAUCUAAGGCAGCUGUCAACUAUGUGACCAAGAAAAUCCAUCAGGAACAUGAAGAAGAUGGUCUCAUUGCCUUUCCCAUACAUCCUGGUUUAGUUCAAACAGAUAUGGGUAAUCAUUAUGCGACGAGCGUUGGAUUGGAUGAAGCACCAGUGACAAUUGAAGAGAGUGUUCAAGGACAGUUGAAAGUUAUCGAUGAAGCAACAAGAGAAAAGACAAGUGGACGAUUUUGGGACUUUGAGGGAAAAGAAUUGCCUUGGUAA